AGAUGAGGCGGAAAUUGUGGAAAUUGAGAGAUUUGGUUUAGUCGUGCUUCUUGAUAAGUGUUUUUAAAUUUCAAAUUUUGACUUUAAAAAAUUUAAACAUUAUCGUUUUCGACAUGUAUCAUGGGAUGGUCGCCGGUUUGGCGAAACCUGUCUUAAGCUAUGCCGCCGAGAUAACGCCGCUUCUGACCUCUGUUCAGGUGCGACACUGGCGAUACAAUAGGUAUAAAAAACCUUACAAAUUCUUGAAGCCGGUCGUGCCCUUGGAAAACUUGAGUAGGGAUGAGCCGGUCACGUCUUCCUCUAACUUGGGCGAUAUGGAUAAAGUUCGCAAAUUUGAGUGGACUGCAAAAUCCAUGAAUGCGAGAGGGUUUCUCCGAUUUCAAAAAGAGUACAAACCCCCAGUAGAUGCGAGGGAGCGGAUGUUACAACUGUCGAAGGACGUCAUCCCCCGUCUCACCAAGUUAGAAACUGAGAAGGCCGUGCUCAAAUAUAAAAUUACUGAUGCAAAAACAAAGUUUGACCUCUUGUCGAGAGCAUUCGUCCAGUUUGACCAUGGCGUCCCCAACUCUAUGCUCUACAUGAUGGACAGUGUCGGCGACAUUGUCCACUUUUACACGACUGAAAUUAAAACGCAAACUCCUUUCGAUCUGUUAACUCGACAAGCGGAAGAUCUCCCCCCGAAUCUGCAUAUUCUACCAAAACCGAUCCGAUUCCAUCCAGAAACCGACACACAAUUCGGAGGAAUGACCGCUUUCCCGAAAAGUUCUACAAUAGUAACAGGUUUACGAAGUAAAAAGAAAUAUCGUGGUUAUGAAGCAAAGAAAACUUGGCCAUAGAUAAAAUAGGAAAACGUAAUAAUUUCUGAUUUGUUUUUUUCCUAGUCUUUUUUGUUUGAAUAAAUACUAUUGCGGUAUUAAUUAAAACAUAUGUCUGUAUCUAUCUGCGAUUAAAUUUGAUUGUUAUACAGAA